AAAUGUGUAAAAGCAUAUCGAGGGAUUUACCUCCCCUCCUGAGAUCACGUGCAUUUCUCUGAACUAAGUGUUUUCUGUUUCAGACUGCGUAGUUUUGUGGGUGUUGUAAAGCACGGUGUAUUUUUUGUGUUGACAGUGAAAAACCGAGCGUGUAAUGGCUGAAAGCAAGGAAAAUCGUGAAGAAGUUCCCACAUGCCCGAUAUGUGUGGAAACAUUCCGAAAACCAGUAACGUUACCUUGUCAGCACAGUUUUUGCAGGGAGUGUAUCGGUGCGUAUGCUGACGAGUCUAAACCUGGACAGACAGAUGAGGUCACCUGUAGCACGGGGAGUGAGGGUGUUCACCAGCUGAUCUCAUGCCCUGUAUGUCGGACACCAACCAGUCUGGGGAAAGAAGGUGUGGCUGGUCUGCCUCCCAACAUUCACCUGGCAGAAAUAGUGGAGAGGUUCUCUUCUGCUGUGAAGGUUGAGGAUGACAUCCCAUAUUGUUCUCUGUGUGGUGAGGAUAAUCAGGCUAAAGCUGUCAAGUUUUGUACUGACUGUUGUUUACUGUAUUGUAAAGAUUGUCUGGCUUCUUUUCAUCCCAUGAUGGGUGCUAUGAAGCGUCACCGGCUGAUUUCGUCCCAGGAGUACCUCUCUCUGGAAACCUCACAGCGACAGACCAGUGGCAGGGAUGAACAAUCAACUCAGCAAGGGUCAUGUGCAAGACAUGGUCAGCCAUUCGGCUUGUACUGUGUACGGUGCCGGCUGGUGAUCUGUGUGGGGUGUGUGGUUGACCAUCCGGAACAUGCUGUGCGGGAUAUACCAUCUGCAGCGGAGAAUGCCAAGCCAGCGGUCUUGAACAAGACUAGUGAAGUGGAGAAAGUGCUACAAGAAACUAAAGAAUCACUGUCAGGAGUUACGAGGCUGUACAAUAAGAUACAGGAAACCCAGAAACUUCACACUCAAGAGGUAGAAAGGGCUUAUUGUGCAGCCUUGGAAGCCUUACAAGCCUGGAAACAACAGUCCUUAGAUGGCAUAAAAAACACGCUAUUCACAGUGGAGUGUGGAGUGUAGCGCUAUACUCAAACAUUUCCAGCUACAUUCCCAGGAAAUGGAGAGGAUGGUACAGGCUUCCAAAGAUUUAUUAGCCUCAAUGGAUGUCGAGUUUUUACAGGUAAGUCAAACAUGUACGAUCUCUACCAUUGGUUCAGCUGCCUCAGCUCCAGUUAAAUACUUCAACUAACCACACAGGACAACCUGACAAUAAUUUGUCACCUUCAGAGAACGUACAAAGUUUUCUUACAUGUAUGGGCUGUGGAUAUCUUGGUUCUGACCGCUCAUUUGUAAACAAAUGUGAUCUGUAUGCUGUGUAAGUACUCAGAGGCGUCUUAUUUACCAUUGUGACAUUUUGAACCUGUGACCGCCCUUUUACAAUGACCAUAAUGAACAGUUAUCAGGUGUUCAAAUCCAUCUCAUGGUGCCAGAUCUAUUAAAGUUUAGGCCCAGAGUUCAACUGCUUCACUUUGUUCAGUGGUUCUCUCCAGUCAGUGUCUGUUUUUCUACUCAUAAGCGAUAAGACUAAUAAACAACUCCAGAAUUCUAUCUAUGUAAUAUUCUAUUACCCUUCGAUUCCUUUUUAUUACAUACAACGCACUGCUUGGCAAGUGCACAUUAUCUUGAUCGUUAGAUACCCCCCAUCACGAGACAGAAGCGUUUGACGUCUGGAUGGUUCUAUUGUAGUUCUAUGGGUGGAUAGAGGUUGUUGAUUACAUUGAAUAAAGCAGACGACAAAUAUAAACAAAGAAACAAAAUGGCUAUUUUUUCUAUCGGAGCGAACGUUUAUUUUAAAGAAGAAAAGUAUCAGGUUACAGAUAAUUUAAAGCCCAUUGGGACGUUUGAAUGCUACACAAUAAGAGAUAAUAAUGGUUUCACGAAAAUUUGUUUUUUUUUAACAUACGGACCUGAUAAUUCUUUUUGCAAGUUUUCUUUCACCGGCCUCUCCCAAACGUCCCAGUUGACCACAAACCAUGGUAUGGCAAUCAACCAAUGGAUCUAAAAAAGAUCAGAUCCAUGAUGUCUGAUAUUUCCCGCGAUGCAAAACUUAGCCGCCGGUACACGAAUCACUGCGUCCGGGCUACGACAGCCACAGUUCCUGCUGAUGACGGAGUUUCUGUGAUGGACGUUAUGUCUGUGACAGGCCACCGCAAUGAAUCCAGUGUACGGAGUUAUGUCACCAAACCGUACGUUUCAAAACGCCAUGAAAUCAGCAUUAUCCUGCAUGCUUCAAGUGUGUUAUCAGAAAAUGUUGAAAGUGAAAAUGCCGUUGAGUGAAAAUACUCCCAUGUCAGUCACGCCACUUCCAGUGCAAAUGCCCAACACUGUCGACUAUAAUGUUACACGUAACAGUGGCAAUACCAUCCAAAUGGCAAAAUCCCAGUUUUCAGUCACGUCUCAAAGUUUUGGAGGGCUGUUCAACAAUGCAUCAAUAAAUAACAGCAGAGUUCACAUCAACUUCACAUCCUCUGGAUAACGGACUGGCUGCAGAUCGCCCUUUUCAACUCCCAAUCCUUGUUUGAUGUUUA